CUGGUUCGUCGAGCAGUCGGCACUCUCCGUCUCAAAAAUAGAAGUCCCGCUCUGCAGCAGUCCUGCAGCAGCCUUGCAGCGGAAUCGAGAACUUCCAACCGCCGACUUCUGGCCUAUAUACCGGUGGUACUACCUGACAAGGGGCUACACCUGCGAGUGCGGCUGGUAUCUUUAGCACCCGGAAUAUCGACACUCGACAGGACCAUGUGCGCACGGCCAGUCUGGACGGCAAAAAUUCCGGGAGAACCAGUCGGCGAAUUGCCCGCAGAACAACACAUGCUGCAAUGGAUUUUCUGGUGCAUCGAGCGCCUACUUGGGACUCUAGAGACUCGAGAGACAGAACCAGAGAGGCUAGAAGCGGGAGGUGGGAGACGUGAGACGGGAUGUGGUCCACAACGACUUGUCGCCAUGGAGGACAUAGCCGACUCGCUCGCUCGCUUGCUCACGGCUUUGUUUCUCUGCUCUCCUGGUCGGCUUUUUCAGCACUUGACUUUCAUGGCCCGAGAGCGCCUCAGAACGGCCGCAAAUCCCGAGUUCCAAGAGCCCGGAUGGGAGAGAUUUGUCUCUCUGGUCAUGUUUGAAUCGUUCAUGCCGUGUCCCCGUCGGCUCGACGAUCGAACCUGCCCAGCAUCUGCAUCUGCAUCUUGCAUCUGCCCUUUUUCUUGUCUCGUGGCAGCCCUGAAGGAAGCCGCCAAAUCAAAUCCAGGCUGGGAUUUCCAGGUUGUGGUUCUGCCAGUCCCCAGUGAUCCGGACGCCAGUGCGGUGACACGAAACCCCCCAAGCGAUGGGACGAGUCAGGACAAGACAAGAGGGAUCAACUUGGUGGAGGACAGGAUGGAGUUGUGCGUGCCGUCGCUCCUCCAUCCGAAAGACUCGAGGAGCGUAGCACUGCAACGUCUUCCACAAGUCACGUCUCUUCUCGACGAAGCCGAUGCGGUUCCUCUAGACUUCUAGGCCACUUCCCGGUUUAGACUAGGACAGGUAACUCUCUUGCGUACCUGUCAUGUUGUCAAUUGAUACAACUUGGCGAAUCGCUCAGGCUUCGGAUGACACCCCGCCGUGUCGCCGACACUACAACCCACCGAGUCUUAGCUUUUGGGGUCGUGGUUUCCUGAUGGCCAAACAGUACCGACUUUCUCCCCGACCGGGUCGAGCCGCAUAAUGUUUGUUUAUUAUUAGUAGUUGCGUUUCUCCAAGUCGGCGGCCAGUGCAUGAAUAAAAGAGCACUAUGG